GCCCGGAGCCUCGGCCGCAUCAGCGCUCUCCCGCGCCACCGCCACCACCGCUGCGGCUCACGGCUACGCAGCUCGCUUCCUCCUCUCUCUCUCUCUCUCUCUCUCUCUCAUCUAGGUUUCCCUCGAGCACGCCCGAGGUCGCGCACCACUGACUCCGCAAGGGUUCGGCCCGAUCGCCGCUUCGUCCGUCCUCCCGCGGGGGUCCCCUCCCUCCGCCGCGAUGUCCGACCGGAGCUCUCCGGCGGCGCCGUCGUUCUUCCCAUUUGACCCGCAGCCCGAGGCCUGGGACGUCACCUUCAAGGUCAAAUAUGGUGACACACUUAAGAGGUUUUAUGGCUAUGUGAAUGGAACAAUUCUGGACAUAAAUUUACCUGCUCUACGGGCGAAGAUAGCCAGUGCCUUCAAGUUCGGUCCUGAUGCUGACUUCAUUCUGACUUACACUGAUGAGGAUGGUGAUGUUGUCAUGCUAGAUGAUGAUGACGACUUGCGUGAUGCGGCUCUGCAUCAGAAAUUAAAUCCUCUGAGGAUUAAUGUCCAAUUAAAGAGCAGUCACCCGACUGAACAACAAGACACAAAUUCUGCACCUGUGAAGCCCACUGCUCAGGAUCCACUAUCCCAGAUAAUAUCAGCUAUUGAAGCUAUGAAGCCAAUAUCUAGUACUUUGAGUUCCCCUGCUCAGGAAGAACGUCUGGCUCAAAUGAAAUCAGCUGUUGGUGAGGCUAUCAAGUCUAUCCCGGAGCCAGUUCCUGAUGCCCUUGCGAAACUUUCUCAUGAAGUACUUGAUGCAGUACCACCACCAUUAACUGAUCUGAUAAAACCUUUAUUACAAUUGAUAACACCAAGCAACAGCAGCAAUGGACCAUCUGUGCAUGCUGAUGGGUCAUCCAGUUCAUCCAGCGUGGUCACACAGACACAGAUGCCUGCCAAAGCUAAAGAUGAGCCCAAAGCUAGGGAAAGUUUUGGUUCACGAUCCGUGAAUGCACAGAAAUCUGAAUCAUCUGAGGCAAGAGGUCUUAGGAGCGUGUUAGGUGAGGCUGCUGCCCCUGCUCCUGCUCCUAAUGCUGGAACUUCUCAAGAUCAACAACCAUCGCUGUACCCAUCUGUUGAGGAGUUGCUGUUCCCCACUAAUUCAGUUGACAAAUCUGUUUGCAAGGGGAAUCAAAGUGAGGGCAAAUCUGUCAUAUCCUCUGCUAUGAAACCUGCCCCUCCUGUUCCUACUCUUGCCCCACCUCCACCACCUCCAUCCAUUUCUGAAUGGUUCCAGCCAAGAAGAUGCCAACCACAUCCAUGGCAGUCUGAAGCUAAUGCAAAAGCCAUUAGUGAUUCAAGAUGGCGCAUUCCAAUGUAUAAAGUGCCUCACGCACCACCCACACCACCUGCACCGUUGCAUCAUACACCUCCAGGCUAUGGACCUUCUCCACGUUUUCCUUAUCCAGGACGCCUCUUGUCUUCUGGGCAUCUAUAUGGUGAUCUUAGUAACAACACAGAGAACUCAGCACCACGCAGUCUCCAUAGGUGGAUUCAGUGUGAUGGUUGUGGAGUGCAACCAAUUGUUGGUCCACGUUACAAAUCUAAUGUGAAAGAAGAUUAUGAUUUGUGUGACUCCUGUUUCCAGCGCAUGGGCAAUGAGGUGGAGUACACCAAAAUAGACAAACCUAUUUUACCACACAGGUUAUUGAGAGACUCUCAUGCGUACCGAAAGGUGCACUCCCCACGGUUUCUGAUGAAGUCAAAACGGGACAAGCUCGAAAGUCGCUUCAUUUUGGAUGUAACUGUCCUGGAUGGAACACUGAUGGCACCUUCUACCCUGUUUACUAAGAUUUGGCGCAUGCAUAACAAUGGGUCUACCACAUGGCCGCUGGGCACACAGCUUAUCUGGGUUGGUGGAGAUCAGUUUGCAUUGCAGAUCUCUGUUCCUUUAGAGAUUCCAGUGAAUGGUUUUCCUGUGGAUAAGGAAAUUGAUAUUGCUGUUGAUUUUGUGGCACCUGCAAGGCCGGGGAGGUACAUAUCUUACUGGAGGUUGGCAUCGCCUUCUGGUCAGAAAUUUGGUCAGCGAGUUUGGGUUCAUAUCCAGGUGGAAGACCCUUCCAACGACAGUAACAGGAAUGCUGCUAUUAACUUGAAUCUGCCUCCAGAAAGCAACAGUACAAACACAAUUAAUUUAAUUGAUGUGAACAUGGAGGCUGCCGACACAGCCCUUAGUGCACAUGCCAAACGCACUAAAGAAGUCCAUUUCCAUCCAUUUGAAGCCUUGGAGCCUAAGAAACCUCAGCCUGCCCCAUGCGUUGAUCCCUCUGUGUCUGCAGCAGCUCCCGCAAACCCUACUGUUGAUGUUCCCAUGUCCAGUGCAACUGCUUCUGCUUUUGUGCCUUCUGUUAAUGUGCCUAUACCUGAAGUUGUUAUGCCGGCUGUACCUGCACCUGUUAAUGUGCCCAUCAUGCCUACACCUAUGCCUGUAAAUGUGCCUGCAUCAGCCCCUGUUUCUGCAUCUGCAGGCGCAGAUGCAGUGGCACCUGAGCCUUUUGACAUAGAUGGUCAUAAUGAGGAGAAGCUGCUGAGGGAGCUGGAGGAAAUGGGCUUCAGACAGAUCGAUCUGAACAAGGAAAUACUUAGGCAGAAUAAUUACAACAUGGAGCAGUCUGUUGAUGAUCUGUGUGGCGCCAACGAAUGGGAUCCACUCCUCGCAGAGCUGGAGGAGAUGGGCUUUGAUGAUACUGAGAUGAACAAGGAGCUUCUCGCGAAGAAUGGGGGAAGCAUCAAGCGAGCUGUGAUGGACCUCAUCGCCAGGGAGAAGAAGGACAAGUGAAGAUUGUGUGCUGGUGAGCACAUAGUUAUCUAGAUCUAAGUAUAUAUCCGUAAAGUUAUCUAGAUCUAAGUAUAUAUCCGUAAAUAAUGAGACAGCUGUACCGCUGUGGGGCUGCUCUAGAAUGUCUCAGAGCUUACUUAUGAACUGCUGGUGUGAUGCAACCUCUGUUAUAUUUGUCACGUGUGGUGCUUCUGGUGUCGUUGAACCCUAGCAAGUAUGUGCACGUGUGCGCUUCAGAAAAAGCAGUACCUUGACAGGUGAACUGCGUGUGUAACUAUCUGUAAUAUGCGAUCUUAUUAUGAUCUGUGGACCUAUGUUUGCAUAUAUUCAGUGUUUGCGCUCC